GCCAGAGAAGAGCCUCAGUGUUGCCUCCCAGUGACGGUUGACAACAGCUGCUCGGCGCUCGAGACAUGAUCCUCAGAUUCCAUUUCCCUCUGACAAUCGGUGUGAUUUUUUGUGAGACGAUAACAGUUGGUUAAACCACCAGAAGGGAAUACCGAAUCAUAAACGGGAUCUCUAAGCUCUAAGCGAGAAAUUUAAGUGAGGGAGAGAGAGUAUCGGGGGGGAAGUGCGGUGUUGCCGCUGUGUGUGUGCGGGUGUGCCACGUCGCCAUGGAGCCGCUACAGAGGUGGCCGCCGAACUCGCGGCACCGCUCCUCCGGCACCACCAGCGCCCUCAAGAAGAAGAAGAAGAGACGCAGGAGGCGCCGACGCACACCCAGGGCCGUGGAGGCCCUCCGCGGGGAGAGCAGCGUGGCCAUUCUCUCCCCGACGACGUCCAGAGAGUCGUGGGCGCUGCACCACGGGCCGCCCACGCCCAUCCUGCGGCCCCUGGGCGCCCAGGUGCCUCGCGCCCCCGAGAACAGCACCCAGUUCAUCAUGGAUGACCACGAGAACUCUGCCUUGUUCGUUGAUUUUGAUAACUUCAGCACGCCGCACUGGGAGCAGGAGCCGCCCGUCAGCGGCGACGAAGACGACACUGGGAGCGCCACGCCCACGCACGCCCUCACCCGUGACUGGUUCCCCUUCAACGCCGCAGACUUCGAGACCGCGUACCAGAGCGCCCGCGAGGACCGCCUCAUGUCCGGCAGUCGUUCUGAUCUGCGCACCGCCAUAGUGGCCCUGGAGGCCCGCGCAGCUGUCCUGACGGAUGCGCUGUCUGCCUCGCCCUCGCGGCUCCUGUUCACCCUGCAGGCACAGCUGCUGCAGCUGCAGGAGGAAAAUGCUGUGCUGCGUCAGCGGCUCGCCCGUCAAGAACUGAAGCAGCAGCAGUCGCUCGAGUCGUCGUCCUCUUCAUCCACCGACAGCGACUCGGAGUCGGACUCGACCAACUCCUCCAGUGACUGCUCCGAGUCUGACUGCGCCACCUGCGCCGCCCGGCGCAGUGACGCUGUCAAGAAGGAGGAGGAGAAGGAGAACACCUGUCCCAGCCUCACCGCGCACCUGCCCCUCCCAGCCUUACCUUAACAACCCGGCUCCUACAGGCCGGCGGGGGUCCUUACCCGGCUCCCACAGGCCGGCGGGGGUCCUAUCCGGCUCCUACAGGCCGGCGGGGGUCCUAUCCGGCUCCUACAGGCCGGCGGGGGUCCUUACCCGGCUCCCACAGGCCGGUGGGGGUCCUUACCCGGCUCCCACAGGCCGGUGGGGGUCCUUACCCGGCUCCCACAGGCCGGUGGGGGUCCUUACCCGGCUCCCACAGGCCGGUGGGGGUCCUUACCCGGCUGCCACAGGCGGGGGUCCUUACCCGGCUCCCACAGGCGGGGGUCCUUACCCGGCUCCCACAGGCGGGGGUCCUUACCCGGCUCCCACAGGCGGGGGUCCUUACCCGGCUCCCACAGGCGGGGGUCCUUACCCGGCUGCCACAGGCGGGGGUCCUUACCCGGCUGCCACAGGCGGGGAUCCUUACCCGGCUGCCACAGGCGGGGGUCCUUACCCGGCUGCCACAGGCGGGGGUCCUUACCCGGCUGCCACAGGCGGGGGUCCUUACCCGGCUGCCACAGGCGGGGGUCCUUACCCGGCUCCCACAGGCGGGGGUCCUAUCCGGCGCUGGACCACUACCUAGUAACCCCCCCACCACCAGCUGCCGCCCUUCGGGUCACUCGCCGGAAGGCAGGCAAGCCCCUCGCUCAGUGUUCUCUCAGUUGAUGACCAAUAUUGGCCUCUUAAAAUUAUUCAUUCAGAACCACUCGUUGUCUAGGCGAGGUUAGGUGGGAACUUAAAAACUUAAUCCUAGUGGAGUUUAGAAACAGAUUUUAAAGUUCAAGUACGGUUAUUGAGACAAUAAAAUCCUUCUCAAAGGGAUAGAGUAGCUUAGGCUAUUUCUACCGCCCCAAACAGACUGUUUAAGGCAAUGUUGGGUGACUCAGAUAGCAAUGAAGGCUUCUAUCAUUUUACCAUUAUCGGGCAUGAGGACCGAGCCAGUCACUGUAACACAACAGCCAGAUGUUCACACCAGCCAUAUUGUAUGUAGAGAACACCAUGCACUUACAAAUAGACUUUUUGUUUUGUUUUUGUUAGUCGAGACCCAUGUACCGGAUUCCAGUUCAACAGCCUUCGUCCAAAAAUGUUUUAAGACUUGACCACACUUAGAAUGACUGUUAGAGAGUACCUCUUCUCAAAAGGAUUCAUUUAGACUCUUGUUUAUUGUGUAUAUUGAAGGCAUUUGUUCUAUGUUAAUUUGUGUUAUUGAAGAGUUUGGUCUUUUGUUUAACCAUCUUCGCUCUUUACUACUCGAGUUCAGAUUUUAUUUUGUAGAUGCAGAUAACUUAUUAAUUACAUGAUAUGAUAUUCUGAUAUGCAAAGUUAUUAUAGUGUUAAAAAUGUGUUGUUGUGUAUCUUAAUGGAACUGUAUUUUUUAUUUUCAUGAGGCAUGUUUAUUUUGGGUGUGAUCACAGGUGUUGCUUCACUAGGGCCCCGCCCUCUCUUAUACACCUGCCCUUCCUGCCUCCCCUCUCCCCCCACACAUGCUCCCCCCUCACACAUGCUCCCCCCUCUCC